GCGGCGGCGGCGCCGCGCGUGAGGGGCCGCCUGGGGCCGAGCGGGCGCCGCCAACAUGUCGGAUACCAAGGUAAAAGUUGCCGUCCGGGUCCGGCCCCUGAACCGACGAGAACUGGAACUGAACACCAAGUGCGUGGUGGAGAUGGAAGGGAAUCAAACGGUCCUGCACCCUCCUCCUUCUAACACCAAACAGGGAGAAAGGAAACCUCCCAAGGUAUUUGCGUUUGAUUAUUGCUUUUGGUCCAUGGAUGAAUCUAACACUACAAAAUAUGCUGGUCAAGAAGUGGUUUUCAAGUGCCUUGGGGAAGGAAUUCUUGAGAAAGCCUUUCAGGGGUAUAAUGCUUGCAUUUUUGCAUAUGGACAGACAGGCUCAGGAAAAUCCUUCUCCAUGAUGGGCAAUGCUGAGCAGCGGGGCCUCAUUCCAAGGCUCUGCUGUGCUUUAUUUCAAAGGAUCUCUCUGGAGCAGAAUGAGUCACAGACCUUUAAAGUCGAAGUAUCCUAUAUGGAAAUUUAUAAUGAGAAAGUUCGGGAUCUUUUAGACCCCAAAGGGAGUAGACAGUCUCUUAAAGUUCGAGAGCAUAAAGUUUUGGGACCAUAUGUAGAUGGUUUAUCCCAACUGGCUGUCACUAGUUUUGAGGAUAUCGAGUCAUUGAUGUCUGAGGGAAAUAAGUCUCGGACGGUAGCUGCAACCAACAUGAAUGAAGAAAGUAGCCGCUCGCAUGCUGUGUUCAGCAUCAUCAUCACACAGACGCUGUAUGACCUACAGUCUGGGAAUUCGGGAGAGAAAGUGAGCAAGGUCAGCUUGGUGGACCUGGCGGGUAGCGAGAGAGUGUCUAAAACGGGAGCCGCGGGAGAGCGACUGAAAGAAGGCAGCAACAUUAACAAAUCACUUACAACCUUGGGGUUGGUUAUCUCAUCUCUGGCUGACCAGGCAGCUGGCAAGGGUAAAAACAAAUUUGUGCCUUAUCGCGAUUCAGUCCUCACUUGGCUUCUUAAGGACAAUCUGGGGGGCAACAGCCAGACCUCUAUGAUCGCCACCAUUAGCCCAGCAGCAGACAACUACGAAGAGACCCUCUCCACGCUAAGAUAUGCCGAUCGAGCCAAAAGGAUCGUUAACCAUGCCAUUGUGAAUGAGGAUCCCAAUGCAAAAGUCAUCCGGGAACUGAGGGAGGAAGUGGAGAAACUGAGAGAGCAACUCUCGCAGGCUGAGGCUAUGAAGGCCCCUGAACUGAAAGAGAAGCUCGAAGAGUCUGAAAAGCUGAUAAGAGAACUAACAGUGACUUGGGAAGAGAAGCUGAGGAAAACAGAAGAAAUUGCACAGGAGAGGCAACGACAACUUGAGAGUAUGGGGAUUUCCCUGGAGACGUCUGGUAUCAAGGUGGGGGAUGACAAGUGCUACUUAGUCAACCUGAAUGCAGACCCUGCUCUCAACGAACUUCUGGUUUAUUAUUUAAAGGACCAUACCAGGGUAGGUGCAGAUACCUCUCAGGACAUCCAGCUCUUUGGGAUAGGAAUUCAGCCUGAGCACUGUGAGAUUGAUAUUGCUUCUGAUGGAGAGGUCACCCUCACUCCAAAAGAAAAUGCAAGGUCCUGUGUAAACGGCACCCUCGUGUGCAGCACCACGCAGCUGUGGCACGGGGACCGAAUCCUGUGGGGCAAUAACCACUUCUUCAGAAUUAAUUUACCUAAGAGGAAACGGCGAGAUUGGUUGAAAGACUUUGAAAGAGAAACGGGCCCGCCAGAGCAUGACCUGGAUGCAGCCAGUGAGGCUUCCUCGGAACCAGACUAUAACUAUGAAUUUGCACAGAUGGAAGUUAUCAUGAAAACGCUGAAUAGUAAUGACCCAGUUCAAAAUGUGGUUCAGGUCCUGGAGAAACAGUACCUGGAAGAAAAGAGGAGCGCCCUUGAGGAACAGCGGCUCAUGUAUGAGCGGGAGCUGGAGCAGCUCCGCCAGCAGCUGUCCCCAGAGAGGCGGCCCCGGAGCGGCGGCCCGGACCGCCUGGCCGACGGCAGCCAGACAGCUCAGCAGAAAGUGACCCAGUGGGCAGAGGAGAGGGAUGAACUCUUCCGCCAAAGCCUGGCAAAACUGCGGGAGCAGCUGGUCAGAGCUAACACCUUGGUGAGGGAGGCUAACUUCUUAGCCGAGGAGAUGAGCAGACUCACCGACUACCAGGUGACUCUGCAGAUCCCUGCUGCAAACCUCAGUGCCAAUAGAAAGAGAGGAGCGAUAGUGAGCGAGCCUGCUAUUCAAGUGAGGAGGAAAGGAAAGAGCACCCAAGUGUGGACCAUCGAGAAGCUGGAGAAUAAAUUAAUUGAUAUGCGAGACCUUUAUCAAGAAUGGAAGGAGAAGGUUCCUGAGACAAAGCGACUCUACGGGAAACGAGGUGACCCUUUCUAUGAAGCCCAAGAGAAUCACAACCUAAUUGGCGUGGCUAAUGUGUUCUUGGAGUGUCUGUUCUGUGAUGUGAAACUUCUGUAUGCAGUUCCUAUCAUCAGCCAGCAGGGGGAGGUUGCCGGGCGUCUCCACGUGGAAGUGAUGCGAGUCACAGGCACCGUCCCGGAGCGCGUGGUGGAGGAUGACUCCUCGGAGAACUCCAGUGAAGGCGGGAGUCUUGAAGUUGUAGACAGCAGCGGGGAAAUCAUCCACCGAGUCAGAAAACUGACGUGCCGGGUAAAAAUUAAAGAGGCAACUGGGCUGCCCCUAAACCUCUCAAAUUUCGUCUUCUGUCAAUACACAUUCUGGGACCAGUGUGAGUCCACGGUGGCCGCCCCAGUAGUGGACCCAGAGGUGCCUUCCCCACAGUCCAGGGAUGCCCAGUACACUGUGACCUUCUCUCACUGUAAGGACUACGUGGUGAGUGUAACGGAAGAAUUCCUGGAGUUCAUUUCAGAUGGAGCACUGGCCAUCGAAGUAUGGGGCCACCGGUGCACCGGGAAUGGCAGCUCUGUCUGGGAAGUCGAUUCCCUUCAUGCUAAGACAAGAACGUUGCAUGACAGGUGGAACGAGGUCACUCGCAGAAUAGAAAUGUGGAUCUCCAUACUAGAGCUGAAUGAGCUGGGGGAGUACGCCCCUGUGGAGCUUCACCAGGCAAAAGAUGUCAACACAGGAGGUGUCUUUCAACUCAGACAGGGUCAUUCCCGGAGAGUGCAAGUCACAGUGAAGCCUGUCCAGCGUUCUGGGACACUGCCACUCAUGGUCGAAGCUAUCUUGUCCAUCUCCAUUGGCUGCGUGACUGCCAGGUCCACCAAGCUCCAGAGAGGGCUGGACAGUUACCAGAGAGAUGAUGAGGAUGGUGAUGAUAUGGAUAGUUAUCAGGAAGAAGACUUAAACUGUGUGAGAGAGAGGUGGUCUGAUGCCCUCAUUAAACGGCGAGAAUACCUAGAUGAACAGAUUAAAAAAGUCAGCAAUAAAAAAGAGAAGACGGAGGACGAUGUGGAGCGGGAAGCCCGUCUGGUGGAGCAGUGGGUGGGGCUGACGGAGGAGAGGAAUGCCGUGCUGGUGCCUGCGCCUGGCAGCGGGAUCCCCGGGGCGCCUGCCGACUGGAUCCCACCACCUGGAAUGGAAACCCACAUACCUGUUCUCUUCCUUGAUUUGAAUGCGGAUGACCUCAGUGCCAAUGAGCAGCUUGUGGGCCCCCAUGCAUCGGGCGUGAACUCCAUCCUCCCCAAGGAGCAUGGCAGCCAGUUUUUCUACCUGCCCAUCAUAAAGCACAGUGAUGAGGAGGUUUCAGCCACAGCCUCCUGGGACUCCUCGGUGCAUGAUUCCGUCCACUUGAAUAGGGUCACCCCACAAAAUGAACGGAUUUACCUGAUAGUGAAGACCACAGUCCAGCUCAGCCACCCGGCUGCUAUGGAGCUGGUAUUACGAAAACGGAUUGCAGCCAAUAUUUACAACAAACAGAGUUUCACCCAGAGUUUAAAGAGGAGAAUAUCACUGAAGAAUAUAUUUUAUUCCUGUGGUGUAACCUAUGAAAUAGUAUCCAACAUACCAAAGGCAACAGAGGAGAUUGAGGACCGGGAGACUCUGGCUCUCCUGGCAGCAAGGAGUGAGAACGAAGGCACAGCAGACGGGGAGACGUACAUCGAGAAGUAUACGCGAGGCGUGCUGCAGGUGGAGAACAUCCUGAGCCUGGAACGGCUCCGGCAGGCAAUCACAGUCAAAGAAGCGCUUUCCACCAAAGCUCGGCACCUGCGGCGAAGCCUCAGCACACCAAAUGUUCAUAAUGUGUCUUCUAGUCGACCAGACCUUUCUGGCUUUGACGAUGAUGAUAAGGGUUGGCCAGAGAACCAGUUAGACAUGUCUGACUACAGCCCCAGUUACCAGGAUGUAUCGUGUUAUGGAACUUUGCCCAGGGAUUCACCUCGAAGGAGUAAAGAAGGUUGUACGUCAGAGAAUCCUCAUGCCUUAACAGUCAGCCCUUUUAAAGCAUUCUCACCUCAGCCGCCAAAGUUUUUCAAGCCCCUAAUGCCUGUAAAAGAAGAGCAUAAGAAAAGGAUGGCGCUUGAAGCAAGGCCUCUUCUAAGCCAGGAGAGCAUGUCUCCACCUCAGGCACGUAACCCUGGCUGCAUUGUGCCCUCGGGAAGCAAUGGCAGCAGCAUGCCUGUAGAACACAAUAGCAAACGUGGGAAGAAGAUUGACUCUGAAGAAGAAGAAAACGACCUAGAAGCUCUUAACCGGAAGCUGAUAAGUUCACAGCCUUACGUACCUGUGGAGUUUGCCGACUUCAGCGUUUACAAUGCCAGCUUGGAGAACAGAGAGUGGUUUUCUUCUAAAGUCGAUUUGACGAACUCAAAGGUCCUGGAGAAAGAAGUGUCCUGCAGCCCCACCACCAGCAGCAUCACCAGUGGCUACUUUUCCCACAGUGCCUCCAAUGCCACCCUGUCUGACAUGGUGGUCCCUUCUAGUGACAGCUCAGAUCAGCUGGCCCUUCAGACAAAGGAUGCAGACUCCAGUGAGCAUCCCGGAGCAUCACUUGUGUAUGACUCCAGACCAUCCUCAAACAAAGAGUUGACAGAACUAGAAAGAGGCUUGGUAAAGGAUAAGAUAACUAUGGUGCCACUCAAGGAAAACAGUGCCUUAGCCAAAGGGAGCCCAUCAUCCCAAAGCACCCCUGAGAAAAACUCCAAAACCUGCUGUAGGACCAGCUCAUGUUCAGAACAAGAUGCCUGCUCCAGCAAAAAUGGCCAGCCGGCCAGGGAAUUCUGCCCCAGGGAGGUGACCAUAGAACACACCACAAACAUCCUCGAGGACCAUUCUUUCACAGAGUUUAUGGGUGUGUCAGAUGGGAAAGAUUUUGAUGGUUUGACAGAUCCUUCUGCUGGAGAACUUUCGAGUAGGAGGAACCUACCAAAUACAAUGGACAGUAAGAGUGUCUCAGAUGGGCCACAGGACCCUGGCCAGCUGUGUUCCUCGGCAGAGAGUGACCAGGUGAUAAUUCCAGGGACAGUCUUUCGGGUCCUGUGCUAUCAAUGAGCGCACCUAAUUGUGCCCCAACUGCCAGAGGCCCUUCAUCACAGUGACUUAGUAGGAGAGAUUCAUUCAGAUGUUUCUGACAGGGACAAUGGGCCCACUUGGGGACCAAGUUCACAUGCUGCCCAGCUGGCCGGCUCUGGCGGAGCAAGUCUGCUUUCAUAGUUUCCGAGUGGGGUUAUGACAUAUGUAGGACCAGCAUAUGGGUUCAUGUUGAAUUAAGCGUUCACCUCGAUAAGGAUCAGUCAAUCUCGUGUUCACUCCCCGAGAUGUUUAAUUACGGGCUCUCCCACGGUAUCCUGGUAGCAUCUACCAUAUUUCAUCACAUCUGUGAUUUCUUUGAUUAUUAGAUACGCUAUUAUUUUAUGUAUCAUUAAAGCAAAUACUUCCAAUUAAACUAUAUCAUAUCAGCAGUUUCAGAGACGUUAAAAAGCACGGGGUGGUGGUGGGGGAGAGAUGCAUCGCAGAUUUGAUAAAAUACAUCCAUUUGGUGCCCAUAGGAUAAAAAAUGCUUUGGGGAAGCAUAGGUGAAGUCCCUGAGCAAUUUAAGUGUGGGCUUUGGAAGUUACCCAGGUUGGUUUAUUACAGUGUUUAAUUUUCGUAUUGGAACAAAAUGGGUUUUUGCUAAUAUUCCUAAGGAAAAUAAUGAAUUCUAUAAUUAAGAGUACCACCAUCUCUUCCCAUUCAGGGUCACUGUUUUGAUCCCACACCCCAGCCAUAGCUGUUAAGGGGUAUGGGAGUGCCAGUCUUAGCAAAACAAAGAGCUGACAGAAUUAGAAAGCAGCUCAGUGAAGGAGCAGAUAAUCAGCGUGCCCGUCUGUCUCUCUCGUUUUUUUUUUUGUUUUGUUUUUUUGUUUUUAACAUCUUUAUUGGAGUAUAAUUGCUCUACAAUGGUGUGUUAGUUUCUGCUGCAUAACAAAGUGAAUCAGUUACACAUAUACACAUGUUCCCGUAUCCCUUCCCUCUUGCGUCUCCCUCCCUGUUUUGCUGGGGAAGUUAUCAUCCCAGUUUGCUGGCUUCUUCCCCCAAGUCUUCCAUACUAGCCCUUAAAAUUUCAGAGUGUGGUCAUUAAUACAGCAUAUUCAUAAAUAAACUGCAAUAAACAAAUAGUGGGGUCUCUUACAACUCAGAAAAGACUUAUUUCCCCAACAUAAGAAUAAAAUAAAGUCACUCAUUACUGUUCUUGCAAAAGCUAAACAGUCAUUUAUUUAAAGGUCUUCAGCUUCCUUUACACUAAUUUUAAGCAGAAUCUGCUUUGCUGGCCUAAGUCAGCUUUUUAGUCCUUCUUCCAAGAAGUCCAGGAAGAAUGUGGUCCAGGGGUUAAUUCUUCACCCUGGAACCGUGCUUCUCAAACCUAAAUGUGCAGUAGACUCACUGGGGGGUGUUGGGAGAAGAUGCCUCUUAAAAAUACAAAUUCCCAGGAGUCGCUGCCCUGCACGCCUAAGGUUUUGUUUCAGUCCCCGUUGGAGCGGGGCGAGGGGUGGUAUGGGGAUAAGGUUUUCACAGACCCCUCUGCUGAAGGGAUACAGGGUAGGGUGUCUGAGGGCUGCCCUGUUAGAAGCGCGGCCCGGCCCGCAGAAGGGGGAAGAGGGGCAGCAAACUCCCCCUCAUCCCCGCCUUGUUUCGUUGCCUGGAUUAUUUAGAACCCAGUAACAGGAACACUACCUGAUUUUUGCUUUUGAAAGGUUCCAGAAUAGAAUAGUGUGUCCCUGCCAAAGGUCUUGGUUUAAAAGUGGAAUUUACAAAAAACAUUUGUUGUAUCCGGGUAAUGUGGGACUGUGGUGAGUUUUUUCUUUUUUAAAAAAUUGCUUCAGUAUUUUUGUUAUCUUGGUUUUAAUUUGUUUUGACAGUGUUAAAGUCUGAGCACUUUUUAAGCACUCAGGUUUGCCUUUUGUUCUCACCUUGGUAUGACUUAAGAGUGUAGACCCGGCAAUACAUUUUUUUUUUACUUUAACUUUAGGUCUUGCUGUCUGUCAUUACUUUUCUUAGAAUCUUCAGCCUUGGAGCUAGGUUCGUCCCUUGUGUAGAGUGCAUUCUAGAACUGGAUCCCGUAGUCAGCCAGAUCCUGCAGGUCCCUCUAGGAAGAGCCCCUUGUGGGGGAUGGUCCCCGUGGGUGGGGAGGGCGCGGACAGGAGCUUGCACUCACCAGCCUCUGUGUUCCAGGGGAGCACGACCGCUCCGUGAGAGGCAGCAAGCCAGAGCACCAGCCCAUCUUUAAAGCAUGCUGCGGCCCAGCCGGACCUCACACCAGCGCGGAGAAGCCGUGGCUUCGGGGACCACCUCCUCUCCCCUCCCGAGCCGGCAGAAGCCGCGCUUUGUCACUCGGCUGAAUCGGCAGCCUCUGCUUUCUUCCAGAGAACCGAAAAUCCUGGCUUAAUGAAGUGGCAGUAUUUUUGUGUGCACUCACUACACACCCACACUGUGUAGAAACCUCCACAGAUUCAAACAAACUUUAUUCUUGUACAAUUUUAAUCAGUUCUUACUGUAGAAUCUGGAGUCAAUGGUCUAAUUUUUUUUUUAUAAAUAGUAUAUGUUAUGUAUAUGAAAUGGUAUCUCUAGUAUGUCUGGAGACAGACAAGUCUGCACACUAAAGUGGGGAGAAAAGUGGUUUGUAGAAAAUCGGCAGGUACUGGACUUCGUUACAAAGCAGCUCGGGCGAUCUCUCAGAACAGGCUCAGAUGAAAAAGAUUGUGUUGCCGAAGAAUGAGGUUGGUAAAUCCCUCUUUGCAGCAAAGGUUACAGAAUGCCGUUCUUUAUAACCAAAGAACUUACAUACGACUGAAUGUUUUUGCUGUCCACUCUUGUUUUAUGUGUACAUACGUGUUUGACUGCAAGUUCGGUGCCAUACGCCCCUUGGCUCCCAGGCCACGUGCUGCCGUUCUCUGUCCUGUUUCGUAAGCACACUGAAAAAUGUCACGGCUCCGUUCUUUGGUCUUCCACCUGGGCCGCCGCCUGCUGACUUGCCGUGGAAUUGGAACCGUUGACAGUGACUGGGGCUCUGACCCCAGCGUUUCUGGUCCCUUGGUCCAGGCCAUCCAGGCAGGUGGGAUGCAGAGAGCAGUAUUACUGUAAGAAAACACAGGGACAAACCAAGAGUUGCGGGGAGGGGGUGCUGAUUUUCGUCUCUUUGUGGUUUUGUUUGGGGUUGGUAGGUUUUGUUGUGGUGUGGUUUUGCCAUUGUUGUUUUACUUCAAUUUUGGAAAAUGCUGAAGGGAUGGAAUGAGCUGUAAAGUUCACAGGUGCCCACUUCACCGUGUUCGCAGGAGAUGAUUGAAUACAGAUGACCCUGCUGUUCGUGUCUUCAUUUGUAAAAUUCUGUUACCGAUGGAGACUCUGAAGGAUUAUGUGUGUGGAAGUUUUUACAAAAGUACUUUCUGUACCUAUUGUGUAGAUGCCUGUACAGUUGGUCCGGAUGUACAGCAAUAAAUGUGUCGUGGGAGUGAGAGAGUGUGUACAGCCUGCUGUACCUUUUCCCUUUAAGUUCUUAGCAUCAGUAAAUGAGUAAGAUAUUGGAGAUUUUAAUGCAAAGCUGCUGUUCGUGAUUUUUGUGUAUAGUGAGCUGACUGUAGUAUUUUACUAUUGUCUGUUUAAAAAAAAGAAAAACUGUAAUUUAUGUCCCUUUCAACUUUAUUGUAUUUAAUUGGUACAGAUUGUGUGUGCGUGUGUUUUAGAAUACAGACUGUCUA